AUGUUAUCGGAAGGAGAGACGACGUCCGUGGAGUUGGUGAGAGCGUGCAUGCGUCAGAUGCAGAGAACGAGGAAGAUGAAUGCGUACGUGAGUAAGAUAAGCGAGGAGUUGGUGUUAGAGGAGGCGGAGAAGGCGGACAGGAGGAGGUCGAGGGGGGAAGCCGCGGGCGUGUUGUCUGGCAUACCGUUGGCGGUUAAGGACAACUACGCGGUGAGGAACACGCAUACGACUUGUUCAAGCAAAAUGUUAGAAAAUUUUGUCAGUCCGUACGAUUCCACGGUGACAGCGAGACUGGAAUCGGCGGGUGGAAUCAUCGUUGGAAAGACGAAUAUGGAUGAAUUUGCGAUGGGGUCGAUGACCAGCACGAGCUUUUUCGGUCCCACGAUUAGUCCGUGGUCGUUUGCGUUUGGGGGUUAUCCGGACGCGCGCGAGACAGGCGGCCGAUUGGUUAGUCCGGGUGGUUCCAGCGGCGGUUCCGCGGUGGCGGUUUGCUCCGGAACGGCGUUCGCAGCAACUGGAACGGACACGGGGGGAUCCGUCCGGCUUCCCUCGGCGUGGACUGGAUUGGUCGGGUUCAAGCCGAGCUAUGGCGCGUGUUCGAGGUUCGGGAUUGUCAAAUUCGCCUCCAGUCUAGACACGCCGGGCUUGUUUUCGAAGUGCGUCCAAGACGCUCGAAUACUGUUUGACGUCGUAUCGAGCCCGGACCCGGCGGAUUCGACCUCGGUUGUGCCGUCGGAGGGCAGAAGGCCGAAGCGCAAGAUAGGCAUCCCAAGCGAGUUCAACAUUUCCGAGCUCUCAGACGAAAUCCGAGAACUUUGGACCAGCGGAAUCAGACUGUUCGAAAAUCAAGGGUACGACAUCGUCGACGUAUCCUUGCCCCACGCGCCGUACGCCCUCCCCUGCUACUACAUCAUUUCCCCGGCGGAGGCUUUUUCGAACCUCGCGAAGUACGACGGCGUUCGGUACGGACACAGAGCGACCAGCGGAGACACCGUGUUCGAAAUGUACUCGAGGUCGAGAAGCGAAGGGUUCGGCGAAGAAGUUCAGCGCCGCAUCCUCCUCGGCGCCAUCGCCCUCAGCAACCGGUUCCCAGGCCUCAACUUGAACAAGGCGAUGCAAAUUCGAAGGCUCAUCAGAGACGACUUCAAAAGCGCAUUCGACAACGUGGACGCGAUACUGACGCCCACCGCCGCAACGCCCGCCGUAUUCAUGAACGACGCCAACGAAACGGACCAAAUCCACAUGUACCUAACCGACGCCAUGACCGUCCCGGCAAACAUGGCGGGGAUACCUGCCAUAUCCGUCCCCAUGACGCUGAGCCGGUCCGGACUGCCCAUGGGGCUGCAGCUCAUGGCGCCCAUGUUCCAGGACAGGCUCCUGUUAGAGGUCGCCGAAAUCCUAGAAGAGCCGUGGCAAAGCAACCUGGAGGAAAACGUUCGGGCGCUAAAGCCAGUUUUGAGCACCUAA